AUGACUUCAAUUAUUGACUGGGGCAUUAAUACUCAAGAUGAGCCUGAUUAUGGCCUCUCUUGGGGAGACAUGCCUGAAGGUCUACACCCAUGGGAUUGGGACAUUUCAUCCAACACUCUCUACAACAUAUGCGCAAUGCCUGGGACAUCGAUACCGCCUUCGUCCUCAAAGUACUGCGAGAGCGAUGCUAUUACGGGCAGCAUGCUGAAUGAUGAGGGACUGUACUCUGCACCGUUAUCAGGAUCUCUGUCCAGCACGCACAGCGUCGAAGAAUAUUUUCAACCUGAAAGUCGAAUACAGCAAGCAUGCCUGUAUGAAGAGGCAACCUUGGGCAUUCUGCAAGACCACCGCGGAAGCUUAAGCACUGCCACCGAUUCGAUCCCAAACUCGACUCCACCUGAGGUCAGCGCUAGCAUCAAGACCCGCACGACCCCGGUUACAAAGGCUGAGGGGAAGAAAAGAAACAGACGAAAGCCCAGUGACAAAAAGAACGCAAGAAGGACGAAGACUGAAAUCAACAGGGAAGAGAAAAAACGUUACAUGAAGGUUUUGGAGAGGAACCGAAGAGCUGCGGCGAAUUGUCGUGCGCGAAAGCAAGAGCAACAAGACAAGUUGAACGCCGAGCUGGAACAGCUUCAGGACCGGCACAAAGAGCUAUUUGCUUCCUGCAACGAGCUGAGGGAAACAGCUUACCAACUAAAGCUCCAGCUGCUGAGGCACGGCGACUGCGGAUGCGCCCUCAUUCAGCGAUUCAUCGCAAAUGAAGCAGUCAAUUCCGUCGAAACUCUGAUUUCGAAACAAUCUCCCUCCAGCAGCCCCAACUGCACCACUGCGAGCACCACUGCCGCUGCCAUGUUACGCCAACAAGGAUGGAACAACUCGUUUUAUCGUCAUAGGGUGAUGUGGCUUGGCUGCAUCUCACCACUAUUUGCCAUUAUCGUAAUCAACGCCAUGCCCCGCAAGUCGGCAUUGAGCUUGUUUCUCCCCUUCAAGACAUCGCCAUCAUUGGAUGCACAGAUUAUUAUGAGCACCGCUGCUAUUAUUCCAGACUUUAACGGUUUCCAAUGGGACGGACCGUCAUUUUCCUCCAAGUCUCACCUGUCCGUGUGGCCAAGACACUGGUGCUCUCACAACACCUUGCCACCCCUCAUGGCAAUCCAGGCUGACACCUCACAGUCGACAUUCGAUAGUAUCCUCAGUCAAUUCGAGCAGGACCCUGUGUUCCUCGAUCCCUUGUACCAGACACCUGGUUAUUAUCUUCGGCCAAUGUCACCCAUCCCCAACAUACUCCUCACCCAAAUGCCAAACCCCUCUUCAAGUGAGCUGCACAAGACAGGAAAAGCCUCCUCUUGUAUCACCAAUAGCUGUAUUGGGAAAGAUGACCUACCUGCACAGGGCGGAGAGGUGCCGCAGUCGAAGCAUCCCAACAAGAACCUCGAUUCAUCCUGGGCUGAUAUGAACCAGGCAAAAGCCCUACCGCCAGCACUUACUGCGGGGCUUUUGGAGCGACGCGACUCGACAAUGAGCAAUGAAGAGAGCCUCGUGGGCUUGGAAAAGACUCCCACUCAAGUGAAGAUGCGCUCGGCAUCACGCAGGCCAAAAAAGGUCGGCAAGAAACCCGCACUCCCUGCGCAUGUCGUUCAGGCUAGGCAGUGCCAUAACGAUGUUGAGAAGCAGUAUCGCACCCGCUUGAAGCAGAAAUUCGAGCGACUAUUGGCGGUGCUCCAAGCUUCAAAGGUGAAGGACGAGUCUGGCGGCGAAGGAGAUUCGGAAGCACCGGACUGUGGGUACAGUCGAGGGGAGGUGUUGGAUUUCGCAAGGCAGCGCAUCCUCGCCCUCGAGGAGGAGAACAGACGUCUGUCUGAUCAGGUACAGCAUCUGGACAGACGCUUUACGAUCUUUACAAGCGCUGGCAACAAAGUUAUGAAUACAUACAGGGCACGUAUCAUGUUCCGCAAGGUACCACGCUGCGAUACAAUCAGAGUGAAAGAUAUGCUCACAAUCCAAUUGGCGAAGCAUGUCCGUGUCCUUGACCUCACCCAAACAGAUUGCACUAGACCCAGAGCGGGCGAUUACCCACGAGGCGUGAGCAUGGCUCAUGAUGUUCGACCUCAUGUCUUUGCUGGUUUUUGGAGGAGCAAGGGAGUCGAGUCAACAGGCGGCAAGACAUACUUGGGUAACCCUACCAAGAACAUCAUUGUCAAAGCCAUAAUUGGGAGCAGGAUGGCAGACAACCACGCCAGCAUCCCAUCGCUUGGGGCUGAGUUCUCAGGGCUGCCUACGUCGGUGGUGAUAGGGCUAGACAUGACUGCUACAGCAUGA